UAGUCUCUGGAGAUAAUAUGGUUUUCCCACGUGCUGUCCGCUUAUAAAGCGUAAAUAUGAGCUUAAAUUAAUUGCAAUUUAUUUUCUAAUAAGAGAAUAAAAGAUAAAAAUUAAUAACAAUGGUGCAAGAAACUCAUCGACCAGGAUUGUUUAAAAAACCAAACAAACCUCAUAAAACUGGAAGGCAUAGGAGCAAAGGUUCUAUUUCAAAUGAUGCUCGAGGUCGAAUAUCUGUCAAAAAAAUCACAAAACAUGCAAAAAAAGAAUUGGGUAAAGAAGCUAGAAGAAAUCAAUUGCAGCAAAUUCGUUCAAAUAAACGCGAAGAAGUCUUGAAAAAGAAGCGAAAUUUUGGUAGCGCUCAAAGUCCACCUAUCUUGAUAGCUAUUGUGGCUCUACAAGAAGAUAUAGAUAUCAACAAAGUUAUCAGAUUAUUAGAAAGUGCUGAUGAUGAAGCAAUUAUUUCGUCAAGUUCAUGUGCUAGACAUAUUAGUCUACCAAGAUUCAAACAAAGAUUUUCCAUAGCAACUCCUCCUAUAGGAAAUACUUUCGCAACAUUAGACUUAGCAAAAGUAGCAAAUACAAUAUUAUUUAUUACUUCAGCAGUACAUGAAUUAGAUAAAAGUCAAAGACAAGAAGUGCUUGAUUGUUGGGGUGAAGAAAUAAUUCAAGCUAGUAUUUCUCAAGGCUUAGCAACACCAAUUGUUGCCAUCACAAAUUUGGAAAGUUUACCUGUUAAGAAAAGGCAAGAUCACAAGCAAUAUGUUCAGAAAACAUUAUUUAAAUGGCUUCAGGAGGACAAAAUUAUGAGUCUAGAUAAACCUGCAGAUGCAUUAAACAUAUUGAGACGAGCUGGAUCACAAAAACAAAGAAAUGUUAUUUACAGAAAUAAAAGAUCUUUUCUUUUUGCUGAAAAUGUUAAAUUCAAUUUAGAUGAAAAUAAUUCAACAAAUGAUUUCGGAACUCUGGAAUUAACAGGGUAUUUACAAGGUUUACCAUUAUCAGUAAAUGGUUUAAUUCAUAUUCCCAAUUUUGGAGAUUAUCAAAUGUCUCGUAUAGAAGAGAUAAAAGACCCUUUUCCUGUAACACUCGAGAGAACAUCACCUGGAACAGAUGUUAAAAUGGAUGAAGAGAGAAAAGUUCUUGCAGUUGCUGACUCUUCUAAACAGGAAUCACUAGAAUCUGAAAUUAUACCAGAUCCAAUGGCCCAAGAUCAAACUUGGCCAACAGAAGAAGAAAUAGCAGAGGCUGAAAAAGAGCGUAAAAUAGUUAAGCGUGUACCAAAAGGUACAUCUGAUUACCAAGCAUUUUGGAUCCCUGAUGAAGGAGAAGAAGCAGACGAUUAUAAUGAUGACGAUGAUGAUGAAGAAGAAGGGAUGGCUAUUGAUGAAGCUAAAUCUGAAGUGGAUAGUGAUGCGGGAGGUGAACCUGCAGUCGAUGAUGAAUACGAAACCAUUACUAUUUCAGAAACCACUAAUGAACAACGCUAUGACGAUAAAAUGGAUUUGUACGAAGAAAAACAGGCACUAUUAAAAUUAAAAGAAGCAAAACUUGAUGUUCAGUUUCCCGACGAAGUCGAUACUCCUCAAGAUAUAUUAGCUAGAGAUCGAUUCCAAAAAUACCGAGGCCUAGAUUCAUUCCGUAAUACUCCUUGGGAUAAGAAAGAAAAUUUACCAUAUGAUUAUGGCAGAAUAUUCCAGUUUGAAAAUUUCGACCGGACUCGUCGACGUGUUUUUAGAGAACGAGAGGAAUUGUCUGAAGUCCAACCUGGAUCUUAUGUUACGAUUCAUAUAAAUGGUGUUAGUAAGGAAUUAUUUGAAGCUUACCGAGUUGUAGACGAUCAGCCAUUGUUGUUAUUUGGUAUUUUACAAUAUGAGCAUAAAAUAUCAGUUUUAAAUUUCCUAUUAAAACGGACAUCAAAUAAUGAAGAGCCAAUUAAAUCAAAAGAACGCUUGAUAUUCCAGUGUGGAUUCAGACGAUUCACUGCAUGUCCCAUCUUCAGUCAACACACCAAUGGCAACAAACAUAAAUUUGAAAGGUUUUUCCAACCAAGUAGUACUGUUGUGGCUACGGUAUUUGCUCCGAUUACGUUUCCACCAUGCCCAAUAUUAUGUUAUUUAGAAAAAGAAAAUGGGAUCUUGGAAUUAAUUGCAACUGGAAGUUUACUAUCAGUUAAUCCAGAUAGAAUGGUAAUUAAAAGAGUUAUUUUGAGUGGUCAUCCAUUGAAAGUACACAAACGUUCAGCUGUGAUAAGGUUUAUGUUCUUCAAUAGAGAAGAUAUACAUUGGUUCAAACCAGUGAAACUACGCACGAAGUAUGGACGUAAAGGGCACAUUAAAGAACCACUUGGAACACAUGGUCAUAUGAAGUGUAUUUUUGAUGGUCAAUUAAAGUCUCAAGACACAGUUUUAAUGAAUCUUUAUAAAAGAGUUUAUCCAAAGUGGACUUAUGAGCCCUUGCUUUUAACUAAUACGAAAAAAGAUUCUGGAGAUGUAAAUAUGGAGUAAAGUUACAUGCCAACGUGCAGAUCGUUAAAGAAGGAGAAAUUAGUGUAAAGCCACUUGGAUAUCCUUGCAUUUUUCGAGGCGAUGGCAGCUAAAAUUAAGGAGUUCGCUCUACGGAACGGAAGACGCCAUUGUAGACUCGCAGAAUAAAGACUCGGGUUCCUAUUUGGUUGCAGAACGCGGGGCCAGAGAAUGCGUACGCGGCGCUCAGCC